UAUUGUGUGCACGCGCAGCGCAAUUGUUGCCGCUGCCGGCAGCACGGGAAAACCGCGUUACAUCGAGGGAAAAAGAGUGCGAGACAUGUAUUACGCAGGCUCGAGCGCUGGUCAUCGUUAACCUGACUCGCCGCCGCCCGAGAAAUCGUCACGCUAAGCUGAGUUGCUUUUAUCGAUUCGGCCACGAUAAUUUAUUCAUGUUGGCGGAGGUGCGCGCGUGUGUUGCGGGUCGAUUUGGUCGAGGCACAUUGGGGGCUGUAGCUGCUGCGUGUAAGGCCGGCCAGUCAGUUAGUCUCGUGGCCGCGGCCCGGCCGUAAGCUUUCUCUUCGACUCCCAGAUGUCCAAUACGGAGGACGACUACACCGAGAAGCGCAUCAAGAUCGUUUUGGUCGGCGAUUCUGCUGCUGGCAAAACCAGCAUUGCGGUCAAAUUCUGCAACGAUGAAUUUUCACGACAGUACACCCCAACGGCUGGUAUAGAUUUCUAUUUAAAAAAUCUCAGCUUGGGAAUUUACAAAAAUGUCAAUAUGUACUUAUGGGACGUCAGUGGCCUGUCGCUUCGCGGUAACAUGCUGGACAAAUACAUUUACGAAGCUAAUAUCAUCAUGCUCGUUUACGACGUAACUAAUAGCUCCAGUUUUGAUAUCCUCGAGGAAUGGAUAACAGAAAUACGCGAGGUUAGUGAAGAUCUCAAUGCAAUGCCAUUAUUGGCGAUUAUAGGUAACAAGUGUGAUAUGGAACAUCAACGUACUGUCAAAAGAGAAAAAUCAUAUAAAUUUGCAGCGGAUAAUGGAUUCUACUAUCACGACAUGUCAGCCAGGACUGGAGAAUCGGUAUCAUUAUGUAUAGUCAAUCUAGCAGCAAAAAUUUUAGGAAUUCAAUUGACUAAAGCAGAUCAAGAUUUCCACAAACCGGUUGUUGUCGCAGAAAUAGGUGAUUCGGUGGAUCUACCGCUAUUCAAAAACCGAAAAAUUGUUAAGAGGCGUCCGAAUAAAAAGAAAAUAACUAUUCACCAUUUUCACCCUCAUGUACCCAUGUCGAAGUCGGUUGCUUGCUCUUUACAAUGACACAUGAAAAUAUGAUUAGUUUGUA